AUGGCAGGCAUUGACUUCUCACAAACGACAUUUGAUCAUCGAUGUAUGUUAGUUUUAGUUCUACCAGUGGGCAAUAUUCCUCGUCAACAAUUUCAACGUAUUUAUACGCUGUUGCGUAGCCGUUAUCAACGUGUUAGCCUACCCAAUGCCAAUCGUGUAGUUAGACUUAAAUUUGUUCAAAAUGUUCAUGCUCAUGAAAGUCGUAUUUGGGGCACCUUGCAUAUGCAUAAGCAUGUUCUAGGAUUAUUUUGCAUAGGCGAUUUAACAAAAACCAAUGACCAAUUUGCCCAACUAAACCAAAAAUUUCAAGAUACGCUUACCCAAUAUUCUGAAACUUUAUUCGAUAGUCGUUUCAUUAUUAUGACUGACCAAUCGUUACCUGAUCAAACUGAAGCGAUUGUCAUCAAUUUGCAAAACUAUCAACAUGUCUUAUCUACUGCAAUACCUGAAUUUGGUGCAUCUCUAUUCUGGAUCUUGGACUCUAAACGUGUCGAAAAACUGAAUGAAAAGCCUGAUAAAAUGACUAUGUUAAAAAUAUCAUUAGAAAAUGACAGCGGAUCUCAAGAUGAUAGCGGCUAUAAGAAGAAAUGUGCUGGCAGGAAUAAAAAGCGACUCGGUGAUUUAUGUUUACUGGCCAAUUUAUCCUAUGAUGCCUUGAGCCACUAUGCUGCUGCUGUCGAUGGGCUACGCUCUGCAAAUGAUUUACUCUGGCUAGCCAGCGCAUUAGAAGGCAUCUGUGCUGCUACCAUCAUAUGCAAAAGUAAAUACUGUCCCCGUGGAGACUACGUCCUUACUCCUGGGAGUGCUGCUGUAUUACCUGAAGGUAAAGGUAGAAGAUCUCCAUCUUUUAAUGCUGUAGCGACCAAAGAUGAUAACGCUGUCGCAACUGUACCUUCGCUGAAUGCUAACCUAUUAUCAACGAAUGACGUUAUUGAAAGAUAUCUAGAAGCAAUUAAAAUUUAUAACAGGAUCAAUGUUGCACCGUUAAUUGAAUUAGAAGCUAAUAUCAAGUUAGCCAAUGUUUUGGCUUCUGCAGAUAAAAAAGUAGAGACAUCAGAAACGCUGAUGAGAAUCUUAUAUACCAACUAUCCAUUGAGCGAAGAGCAAAAAAUUCAACGUUAUUGCUUUGUUAGCCAUAUUUAUGAAAAGAUUAAUUUUGGCCGAAAAGCUGCUUUUAUAUCUCGUAUAGCAUCAAUGCAGUGUUUAUCGAGAAAUAUUACAAAUCAUCCUUGGAUUGCUGUAUAUUCACUCAUGAAAAAGGCCUUGAAAGGGUAUAACUUACAUCCUGAUUUCCAAUUAUGUGCUAAGGAUAGAUCUGGUUGGCCAGCCCUUCAGUUACAUGUUUUAAAGGAAUUAAUAAUGUGUUCGAGACACCUUAAUGAUCCUGCUAUUGCUUCCCGACUUCUUAUUUUUAUUUUACAAUUUAUGGAUAGUUCACUGAGUGAUUCGGAUAAACAAACUUACUGUGCCCUUCUUGAGAUGCAGUCGAAAAAUAUCACUGGAAGCCCGUAUCAAUUUACUUUUAAUCGCAAUUACGGUAGCCAACCAAUGGCAAUGACAAUGUUUCCCUGUAUUAUCCAAUUUACUAUUGUCCCACUUCCUACCCAAUUGCGACCUGUUAAGAUGUUAGCAAAUACUGAUUCCGAUAAUCAGAACUGCUUCAUAUUCUCCGCACUACAGAAACGAUCAACUAAAGGAAAAACCGAUGAAAUCCCAAUUACAAUUCAAAAUGAAACUCUUAGAGUUGAAAUAAAACUAGUUAAUCCCAUGCCUCUUGAAGUGAAGGUUAGCAAGAUGACACUGUUAGUGGAUGAUAUUGCUUUCGAUCCCCAUCCGGCGGCUAUUGCACUACCUCCAAAAUCUGAGCCUGUGUCUAUGAUGUUAACUGGUAUUCCAUGUAGCAAAGGCAAAUUACAUAUUUUAGGCUACAGCAGCCAAGUUUUUGGACUAAAUAGCUUAUGCACGUCAACAUUCUGCAACGAAAGCUUGCGUCGUGAAAUUGACGUUAUACCUGCGUUACCCCUGAUACGUAUUUCGUCCACAUUAUCACCUGGUUUUGUAGUUACAACAUCAAAUGAAAUCCAAACAUUGGUUACAAAUUUAACUACUUAUACUGGAGAAAGGUAA